CCAUUCAGGGCCCUGGUGCCUGCCUGAGUCUCUCACCCUCCGGCUGCUCCUAACCAUCAUAUUCCACAACGCCAGUUCCACGGACAUGGCGGGGACGGCCCUGCUGGGCGACCUGGAGACCCACUCCCUGGACUGCAGGCCCUGCAAGUUCCGCUUCCUGCAGCCCUGGGCCCAGCAGGGCCUGACCCCGAAGGAGUGGCAGGACCUGGAGGGGUUGAUCUAUCGCUACCUGUCUGGCUUCAUCCAUCUGAUGAAUGAACUGGCUGAGGAGGAAGGAGAGGGCUACCCCUUUGUUACCCAGUUCUCCAUCGGCUGUGAGCUCCACCCCAAUGACACGUUGAGGCGAUUCUGUGAUGCUGGGAUGAACAGCGAGGACUUCCUCAGCUUUGACACGGACAACGGCAAAUGGGUCACUCGGCGGGGGGAUAAACUGACGCUCAAAGCCCAGGAGAGUCUUAACUACAACAGAGUUGUGGCCAUCACACUUCAGUUUCACCUGAGAACGAUGUGUGUCAAUACACUCAAGAGCUUUGUGCAGCAUGGGAAUGAGUCUCUGGCGAGGCAAGAGCGGCCGGUCGCCGUGGUGUUUGCCCGAGUGCCUCCCCCAGCCGGGACCCCCACGCCAGUACUGCUGGUUUGCAGGGUCACCGGUUUCUACCCCCGGCCCGUCCGCGUGGCCUGGCUGCAGGACGGGGAGGAGGUGGUGCUGGGCUGGUGGCUGAACUCCAGCGAGAUCCUGCCCAACGCGGACCUGACCUACCAGCUGCGCAGCUCCCUGGCUGUGGAGCCGGGCGCCGGGCACAGCUACGCCUGCCGAGUGCAGCACAGCAGCCUGGGGGGCCAGAGCCUGCUGAUCCCCUGGGAGCAGAGCAGGCCCUGGGGCCCCGGCCUGGCCGUGGGGAUCACGCUGGGGGUUCUGGCCGUAGCUGCCGUGGCCGUGGUGCUGUGGCGGAGCAGACACAGGAGCAGAUGGCUGAGGUGGUGUCCACAGAGCUGCUCCACAACGGAGACUGAACCUUCCAGAUCCUGCUGGUGCUGGCGAUGACCCCCUGGUGCAGGGACGUCUACACCUGCCAGGUGGAGCACAGCAGCCCACGGGGCCCCCUCACCGUGCAGUGGGGUAAGAGCCUCUGAGUCUGGGGCAACCCCUGAGCCCGCUGGGGCACCCCUAGCCCUGUGGAGCCCCCUCAGGGGAUGGGCCUGGCUCAGAUCCCCAUCCCCACCCUGGGGGAGAGAGCAGGGACGUGACAAAGGGAAGGAGAAGCUGGGCUGAGCCCGAAACACCCGUGCUCUUGUUUUCACAGAAGCACCGACUGACUCUGCCAGGGGCAAGAUGCUGGCUGGGGUCGGGGGCUUCCUGCUGGAGUUGCUCUUCAUGGUUCUGGGAUUGCUCGUCUGCCUGAGGAAUAAGAAAGGUGAAUGGCCCAGGGAUGGGGCCGGCAGCCCCAGGAUAUGAGCCCCCAGUGGGGCCAUGACCCAGUGGCACUGAAGGGUUUCACUUGAAUGCUGAUUCACCACAAUUUACUUUAGCUUCCCCUUCAGGCUCUAAUCCGUUUCUAGCAACCGAGGAACUUCCU